AUGUUUACAAUGAUCUUGUAUAGUUUUCUUUGUCGAUGUUAACAGAUCCUGUUUCAAAGGGUGGAGUGGCGGUCAGGUGGUUGAAUGUAGCAGAAUACUACAAUGGAAACAAUAUGUGUCAUGUGUCAUAUUUAAGUGUCGCUAAUGACACAUUAGAGUACUAUGAACUGAUGAGUAACGGUAUAUGAUACAGCAACACCCUUAUGAUUAACAUAAAUAGCUUUCUCCAGAGAAAAAACACGCACUUAUAAAUUAUUUAUUCGGAUCAAGAGUCACUUUCUUCAUUACUCUGAUUUGUGGCUUAGGGAUAUAAAAGCGUCCCUAAUUUACCUAGUAAAACCUAACGAUCGCGUGGAAAACAGAUGUAUUGACGAUGUCCAUUUAAAUAUAUCAUACCUCCGAGCAAACCUGGCGCAACCGAUGUGAACUAUCAGACUAAAACUGGGCUUUUGUUAAACUAAACCCCGAGUGCGUUGAAUGGUCUUGGCAAGGCAUAAAUAAAACGGUAGACAGUUAUUCAGGAGGUACGUUUGAGCGUACAGUUUAAUACAGCCUAGACCAAGUGGGUGGGGGCGUUGACAGGAUAUCAGCUGCGAAUUGGAGAAAUAUUGGCUCCAGCACCGUGAAGGAUUACAAAGGCGAAAGUACAGAAAGGAGAACGCCGUGAUUGGGCACAACUCUACCUCUAGUGGCAUUAUACAAAAAUCAACAUGGCUUUAAUGAAGACGCUCGUGAUUGCAGUUACAAUAGCAUUAACGUAUUCAAGUGUUAUCAAACAUAGAACGAAAAGACAAUCAAGUGGAACUACGGUAUGGAGUUGUGACUUUGAAAGGACUGGUUGGGAUAAUCCGAGUGAGGCCAGUGGCUGUGGAGACGGAUUUAGCGGAAUGACACAAUCGACGGAUGACAACUUGCAAUUCUUUAGAACUGAUCAAGCCACUCCAAGUGGACACACUGGCCCAGUCUCAACAGAUUUUGGAAGUUUUUACAUGUAUGUGGAAAGCUCUCCACCUGCUUCCCAGGGUAACACAGUAUCAAUCCUCUCCCCCGAGCUCCCAUCUGGGUUCAAGACGUUCUCGUUUAAGUAUUAUUCCCGCGGAGAUGGAGUUCAAGAUGGACAAGUUGAAGUCACUGCACUUAAUGCUGAUCGUGAGACUCUCGUAUUUGAUCAACCCGUCACACUUGACUUAACAUCCGGAGACAGUUGGAAAUCCAUAGAUGACGUGAGCCUGCCAAGUGGCACACGAUAUGUUCGUAUUACUGCAACCUUACCAACUACAGAUAAAUAUUGGUCAGCAGAUUAUGCCUUCGAUAACAUACAAGUGAAGAGUUCAGAUCCAUGUAUUACUACACCAUGUUUGAACGGGGGAACCUGUAUCUCGCAAGACGAGAGUUAUAUUUGUGAUUGUGAUACGGCACCUGGUUGGAUUGGAGCAAAUUGUGAUAAAGAGGAUACAGGUGGAUCCGGAGCCGACAUUGUGUUCCUUCUAGAUACAACUGCUAGUGUUGGGAGUUCCGGUUUCACCAGACAAAAGGAAUUUGUCAAAUCAGUUGCCAACAACUUGGACAUUGGUGGUAAGGAAAGGAUAGCUGUCAUUCGCUGGGGACAGGAUGGCGAAAUAAUGUUUAAGUUCAAUGAAUUCACGACCAUCAAUACACUGAGGAACGCAAUUGACGGCAUCUCAUAUCUGAAUGAUCCUAGCCUUGCCACCGAUGUGUCAUCUGGACUUAAAGCUGGAAAGAGCCUAUUCGCAGACAGCAAUGCUGGUAAUAGAAUGAGCGCUCCCAACGCUUUAGUGCUUGUUGCUGAUGACGUGUCUAAGCUCAAUAAGGGACAGGAGUACGCAACUGCCACUGAGCUGAAAGCGGAUGGUGUAAAGAUAAUGGUUCUUACGGCUGAAACUACGGAUGAAAGACAACGCCUCUUGGUUCCAAUGGCAGCCAGGAUCGCCAGUGAACCUGUUGAAUCAUACCACGUGUCUAUCUCGUCAUUCAAUGAUCUCGGUGGUCAAGUCAAUUUCGCAACGACAGCCCUGAACAAUGUCAAUGAUAAUUGUGUUAAUGCUGACUGUGGCGAAGGAGUGUGCGUGGAUCUCAUCAACACGUAUAAGUGUACCUGUCCUGACACCAGAUAUGGCGUAGCUUGUGAAUUCAACAAAAAUGCCGUUUCAAGGCGCACAGCUGAUAUUGUAUUCAUUUUGGAUGGCUCAAGUGGAGUGGCAGACAGCCGUGUGGGUGAGAGCAACUUUGGCUACAUGAAAUUGAUGGUGGUGCGCACCAUACAAGACUUGAGAGAGUGGUUCGGAGAUGACAUUCGAUUUGGCGUUGUCAGUUUCAAUGGCGAAGCAAAUGCUGAUAUUUCAUUAGACAGGUUUUCAGAUGUAAAUUCACUAGUCACUGCCAUACACGGCCUGCAGUUUUAUGGAGGAAGCAGCAACGUCCAAGGGGCCCUUUUGAAAACAAGACAGGAAGUUUUCAGCCAAUCAGGGGACAGAGGAGGUUCCGCCAAUUUUGCAGUAUUGUUCUCCAAUGGGCCCGGAAAUGUUGGUGAUAACGGCGGCAAUCCAAGGGCAGAGGCAGAACUGUUGCGAGAGAGUGGUGCUACCUUGAUGUCUGUUGGUCUUGGUCCAGAUGUUGAUAAGGAUGAGCUUCUUCAAAUAUCCAGCUACCCCAAUGAAGAUAACUUUUUGUACAGAGACAAUUUCGACUAUGACACAUCUGUGGAGGCCUUUAUUGUCAGCAGGGUUGUAGACAGUGAAAAUAGCUGUGUUGGUACACCAUGUCAGAACGGAGGCCAGUGCAUUGACCUAAGUGUUGGUUUUGAAUGUAACUGCCCCAGUGGAUUUGGAGGCGCCGUUUGUGAGAGAAGCUGCAACGUAGCAUUUGACGUGGUGAUUGGAAUCGAUAGGUCUGGCAGCUUGGGAGCAGACUUCAUUAAGGAACUCAACUUCGCUCGUCAGGUUGCUGAGAUUUUCCCAUAUGACCAGACCCACCUUGGGGCGUUCAGCUUUUCUGGGGAUAUGCGACGUGAGCUCUCCCUCAAUGAGGGUACAAGUCUGUCUACUGUAAGAUCAAAGAUCAUGCAAACCAGUUACAGCGGUGGCUCCACAUUUCUUACUAACGCAGUCAGAGAGUUCGGGAACAUGUUCACUAGUAGCCAGGGAGACCUCAACAGUCGCGCCAACAAAGCUAUCCUACUCACGGACGGAUUUGCUAAAGAUGACAGAGCCAACCUUGCCUCAGCGGCCAACCAACUUCGCAGCAAUGGUGCUGAAGUGUUUGUGAUUGGAUUCACAAGUGAAGUAAAGGACGAUGACAUAAAUAAAUCCCAGAUAGGAAACGACAUAGUCGCAGAUCGGACAAGAGGAACUGUAUUGAGAAUUAUACCUCGGAGUCAGUGUAUGCAUAGUGAUAAAAUGCAUACAUAUGCAAAAGAAGAUCUGGCACUUAGAAGAAAUUUCAACAUACAGUAAUCUCUACGAGGAUGAUAUUUAUGUAAAUUACAAAACUGAUCGAUCAACAAAUACUCAACGAUGUUUACAAUAAUCAUCUUACUACCUAUCUUUUUGAGUUUAUAUAUCAGGGCAUGUAUAUAAGAAUUUGUGUAUAAUUCCAAGUGGCGAUCUUUAAAAAUGUUUUAUACCCUUGAGUACUGUCUCUAAACGGGGCUAAGCAAAAAA